AUGGCCAGCAACUCGUUGUACCAAGGUUUGAAUGUUCGUGAUGCUAAUGGUCGUGUGAUACGUUCAUUGGGACCUGAGACUGCAGUUACUGUCUAUGGUAUUAUGGUUAAGGAUGGAGGAAGAUGGGCAAAGAUUGGAACCAAUGAAUAUGUUUCUGCUGAUUAUUUAAAAAUGUCAUGUGGAUGUGGUGGAGGAUACAAUAAUCAAGAUCCAACACUACCAGAUAAGCUUCAAUCACCCAAGCAAAAACUGGUGUACCGCCACUGGUUUCAGUCUGUGUUAACUUUUCCGCCACUUACUUCGGAUACAUCCCAACAUCAGUCCGCCACAGGCAAUAAGCAAGAAUCGCUACACUAG